CAUCUUUGUACACCUGAGUACACCCAUAGCACAUGGGAAACUGCUUUUCUCUGUUGGAGGAUAUCCUAUUCCCUGCAAUGUUACACAUGCUCCAUUGAAACCAGCAAUAGCAAAUGCAUGACAGCGACCACCUGCUCAUCUGGAUACGACUACUGCAUGACAAAUGUAAUAACUGCUACACUAGUUGUAAUAACUUCAACCGUGAUCUCCAAGAUGUGUGCACCCACCUGCACACCCAACAGUACCACCAUUUCUGGGUCUACAGAUAGCAGGUCCUGCUGCACCACUGACCUGUGCAAUACCAGCGGA